AUGGAAAAUCACAAGGGUUGGCUGGGCUUGUUUCAGGCCGUUUUUUGUGCCCUAGGCGACAUCAUUGUCCUUAAUGAAAGUCAGUGGAAUCGGUAUAAACCCGAAUAUUUACACCCGAUCAAUAUCCGCUGUAUUGAAGCCUUCUUCUCUUCCGAUCUAGACCACAACCUCAUACGUUGCCCGCUAAUGCCUCAGCGUUUUCUAGCCCCAGGGGGCAUAGCAAUACAUCCGAUCCGCAGCCUACUAAUCACCAGAUUGCGAAGAACACCUAACGCACAGUCUCUUCUCUACGGCACAUCGGUCGUACUUUUCUACUACUAUAUUGCGCCUCUUUGUGUUUGGUUUGGCGGCCGCAAUUGUAGUUUAUCUCUCUACAGCUUGAUCUUUAAUGGUGAGUUCACUAGAAGUUUCUUCUAUCUCUUUAAAGGUGUAUUUCAUUUGAUGUGGAUCUGGCUUUCCGGCUGGAUAGCUAUGCUCGGAUUGAACGCGUUAAAAAGCCGCUACACCGGUGAUCACUUGGUCGUGCUGUUUCAGUGCACAGUUGACCGAAGUCUGAAGAACGUGGUAUUCUGUCUUGACUGUCUCUUCUGUGUUUGUCUAGCAUUAACAGCCCACUCGAUCUACUUUCUCAACAUAGCAGACAGCUUUAUAGUAGCGAUACUUUCACCAAUUAGUAUCUUACUAGUAGCUGGUUUUGUUCUUGGCCGACUGGUAAUUCAGUUCUUAAUCUUCUGGGAAACACCCGCCCUCAUCUACAAAAGCUUUAUCUGGAUUGCAGGCGGGCUUUUAUCAUUUGCAGUCUUCUUUCAUCUUGGUGCAGUCUACUGGUGGUUCACUCCAUGUGAGACAAAGUUCGCGGCCCACAUCGCCUCGAACUAUCACUAG